GCUGGCGGAGAGACGGACGCCAUGUUUGAUUGUGGGCUCUGAUCGGCGCUUCGUUCGGCAAGGCCGCCCGCCCUGGCCUUCCCUUUUUCAUUAAUUGUCGUGUCUCGAUUUCCCCCGGGGCAGUGAGGACGGAGAGAGGGUCUCCUGGUCAUCGCGACGGAGCGAGGCGGCGGGGCCGGCCGGAUGGAGGCGCGGCUCCCACGGUCGCUGUGAAAGACAGAAUCGGAUGCAGUUUAACCAAAAGCAGGAAUGGAAAUCAUGAACAGAGAAUGGGACAUCAAAAGAUGAUGAAAGACAAGACUUUCUUUUCACAAAGUGCAGCAAGUUUUUGAUGUGUUAGCACUCAUCCAAAAGAGUAUUGGUGAUGAUGCACCAUGGCACUGGUCCACAAAACAUACAGCGUCCACUGCAGAGAUCGAAGUCGUAUACAGGCAAUGAGGGAGAUGAUCAGACUCCUUUACCCCAGUCUCCUGCCACAGCAUUUGCUCCGGCCCUCAGCCCUGUACCACGUACUGUGGCCAGUCCUUCUGGGCCCCAGUCACCCAGUUACCAGCUUCAGCAACUUAUAAUGAAUCGUAGUCCUGUAUCAGCCCAGAAUGUCAACAUCACGCUGCAGAAUGUGAGCCAAGUGAUGGCUGGGAAUCAACAAAUUACAUUGGCUCCCCUGCCAAUUCAAAACCCGGCAUCCCCGGGGUUCCAGUACAGCUCGCAGGCUGUGGGGCAGCAAAGGCGGUUUGAUCAUGGGUCACCUUCAUACAUUCAAGUCACCUCUCCUUUGCCUCAAGUUCAGCCACAGAGCCCCACACAGCAUAGCCCUGCAACACUUGUGCAGAGUGUGCAACGGCCAGGGACAGCAGCCCCAGGGCUGGGCAUGUGUAACCAGAGCCCAACCCGAGGAUUUGUGGAUGCCAAUGUGCUGGUCAGACAACUGAAUCUUAGCCCAUCCAGUGCUGGGCACUUUGUGUACCAGGACCCGUCCAGCCUCACUCAGAUCACUUCAAAUGUUGGUGGGCAGAUACAACUGACGACGGCGGGCACAUCUGCUUCUGUGCCCCGAGAACGCAGACUCUCUCAGCCUCACUCCCAAACUGGCGGAACUAUUCACCACCUGGGACCUCAGAGCCCUGUUGCCAGUGGCGCAAUGCAGCCCCUGCCUAGUCCGAGCCACAUCACCACCUCAAACUUGCCUCCGCAGAUCAGCAGCAUCAUACAGGGACAGCUGAUUCAGCAGCAACAACAACAGCAAGUUCUUCACAGUCAGCAAAUGGCCAGACCGGUAAAUUAUGAAAGGCCAUCUGUAACCCUUACUGCGGGUGUGGUAGGGCCAUCGGCCUUUGGGAUAACGUCCCCAGCAUCUCCUAGCCCAUCUCGGAACACUGUGGCUCAGACCCUGGCAUCAACUUGUCUGACUCCUAGUAGCAGUUGCAUUCCGUUCGUGAGGAAACAACCAAAGAAAUUGGAAGAGAUUCCACCUGCCACCCCGGAGAUUUCUCAUUUGAGAAAGCAAUGUUUGGAGCACCACUUUGCUGAAAUGGAGACUCUAAGAGAGACAUUUAAGGAUUACUUGAUUGAACUUUUCUUCCUUCAGCACCGUCAAGGAAAUAUGAUGGAUUACUUGGCAUUUAGAAGGAAGCCGUGUCUAGCCUUGUUGGCAUAUUUGAAGCAAAAUGACUUGGACCUGGAAGAGGAAGAAGAGGAAGAACAGUCUGAGGUCAUUAAUGACGAGGUAAAAGUGGUGACAGGAAAGGAUGGCCAGACUGGGACACCAGUUGCCAUAGCAACACAGCUUCCCUCUAAUGUUUCUGCUGCAUUUUCAACACAGCAGCAGCAACAAUUCCAGCAAACACACCAAGGUACCCCUGUGGCAGGUACAGCCAAUACGGUGGAGAUUGAAGCUUUCAAAAGACAGCAGGCUUUGUCCCAAACAGGUGGAAUGCCCCCUACGCCUCAGACAAUACAGCUUGGUGGCCAGAAACAAAACCAACAGCAGUACGACCCUUCCAAAGGACCUCCAGUGCAGAACGCAGCUAGCCUGCACACGCCUCCGCCCCAGCUGCCUGGCAGACUGCAGCCCACAGUUAUGCCAUUGACAUCACUCUCAGCUACUAUUCAGUUGACACAACAACACAUGGUCGAAACCCAGCUGCAAUCCCAUCCCCAGCUUCACCCCCAGCCCCUUCUCCAGCCCCAAACCCAGCCUCAAAAUCUUCCACAGGUCAAGGCUCAGCAGCAGCCUGUUUCUCUUUCUCAGUCUCAGACCCAGCUUCAAGUUCAGCUCCAGCAGCAGGUGCAAGCUCCACUUCAUGUACCGAUGCAGACUCAACCGUCAGCACAACUUCAGCAGUCACAAGCACACCUUUCUCAACAGCAGACUGUGACGCUGAUGCGAUCGACAAGUGACUCUGGCCAGGCAUGCCAACGAUUGAUUGCCAAUUCACUGCCUACCUCAUCUGUGCCACAAGUGACCCUUUCAGGGACAAUAUCUUCUGCUCCUGUACAUCAAGCAUUGACUAAUAGGACUCCCCUGGCUGCAAGCAGGCCAGUGUCACCAAUCUCUCAAUCCAAGCAAGCAGGGUUGGUUAGUUUGUCUGUCACGGUACCACCUAAAGCCCAAGUGGUGUUACAGAAUUCAUCACUAGUUUCACAGGAUAGCACUACAAAUGCAAAAGAUAAAGUUGUCGAACAAGUCAAACAGGAAAAUCAGAUACAUCAACGAAUUGCUGAACUUAGGAAAGAGGGGUUGUGGUCACUGAGGAGACUGCCCCGACUUCAGGAAGCACCACGACCGAAAUCUCACUGGGACUACCUGCUGGAAGAAAUGCAAUGGAUGGCUGCAGAUUUUGCUCAAGAAAGGAGGUGGAAGAUGGGCAUUGCUAAAAAGCUUGCUCGAACUGUUGUGCGCCAUCAUGAAGAACAGAAGCUGAAUGAAGAAAGAGCAAGAAGAGAAGAACAUGCCAAACUAAGACGGAAAGCUGCUUCAGUUGCUAGAGAUGUGCUGCAAUUUUGGUGUAAUAUUGAAAAGGUUGUAGAAGUAAAGUUGCAGCUUUACAUGGAAGAGCAACGGAGAAAAACAUUACAUUUACGGAGGGAAUCAUCAAACAGAGGUCCAAACUCUGUAUCUCCAUGGCCUAGGUCAGAAAAGCUCAGUGAUGAUACAUUGGGCAAUGAAAGCAACAGGAAAUCCAGUGAUUCAUUUGCUGGGGAUGAGGCCGCUGUGGAAACAGUGGAAGACUGUGAAGAAACAAUUGAAGAACAAGAGGCUAUUGAAGGCGUUGUUGACCAUCAGACUGAAUUGGCCGAUUUAGCCAAACAAGCUGAAAUCCCUCUGGAAGACCUUGUACAGCAGUAUGCUGGUGCUUAUUCAGAAAACUUUGACUGGCCAGCGCCAGAUUCUUCCGACAGUGAAGAUGACGACUAUGACGAUGUUGAAGAAAUGGCAGAGGAGUUUGCUGCUGAAUUUGACAGUCCGGAGCAAGAGGUGGCAAUCGAUUCUUUGCUGAGCGUAGACCAGUACAGAGUGGUGGAGCGAAUACAUACCAAUCCGACUGAGGGGAGGAGGCCAAGAAAGGACAUCGCUGAGGUUUCUGCUGCUGCUGAGCCCCUGCUGCCAAAGGGCACAGCUCGCUAUGCAUCCUCGGUGAGAAAUGCUGCUCCUUUCUUGCUUCAUGGGACUCUUCGGGAAUAUCAACAGAUUGGCAUUGAUUGGCUAGCUGGUCUCCAUAGAAGAAAACUAAAUGGAAUUUUGGCUGAUGAUUCGCGUUUAGGCAAGACUGUGCAGAUUAUUGGAUUUUUAGCCCAUCUCGCUGCAAAUGAAGGCAUCUGGGGUCCACAUCUUGUCGUGGUGCGAACUUGUAAAAUGCUUAAUUGGGAAAUGGAAUUCAAACGGUGGUGUCCAGGUCUCAAGAUCAUGAUGUACUUUGGCACAAGGAAGGAACGUAGAAUUAAAAGAGAGUGUUGGUUGGAACCCAAUUCUUUCCAUGUAUGUAUAACCUCGUACAAGCUUCUGCUAAAGGACCACCAAGCUUUCCGAAGGAAGAGGUGGAAGUAUCUAAUCCUAGACGAGGUCCAGCAGCUCAGGAACACCACUGAAUGGCACUGGGAGGCCCUGUUCAAUCUCAAGAGUCAACAGCGUCUGCUUUUAAUUGGAGCUCCUUUACAAAAUACCCCGAUGGAACUGUGGACUAUGAUGCAUUUCCUGCUGCCUGGAAUUUCCAGAUCCUACCUGGAUUUCCCUGUGAAAGUUGGCACAGAUGAAAAUCAGGACUAUUGCCACAAAUUGGUGAUAAGAAUGCAUAGGAUGAUCCAGCCGUUCAUUUUACGGCGAUCGAAGAGGGAUGUGGAGAAACAACUGCCGAAGAAAUAUGAGCACAUUCUGAAAUGCUGCCUGUCGAAGAGACAAAAAAUCAUGUAUGAAGACCUCAUGUACCAACCUACGUAA